ACAUUUUAUAUUAGCAAAUUUGAAUCAUUUUAUCAUUUCAAUUUGAAUCUAAGCAGAAAUUGUAAUAAUUUAAACAUGAAUUCCAAAUUUCGAGGUACUUUGCUUGGUGUGCUUAUAGGAGAUUGUUGUGGUGCUGUGUUUGAAGGAGAAGUUUUAGAUGCUGGUCAAAAAUUCGUGUUGCGGAAGUUUAUUAAUAAGCUUGAAGGAGUAUCCUUUACAGCACCACGUCAAAAGUACACUGACGACACAGCGAUGACAAAAUCGGUAGCGAGAUGUCUAUUGAAGUAUGACGAGAAAAGCUAUCAGAAAAAUCUCGCUGUGGAUUUUGUUAAAGAAUAUUGUUCAUCAACAACAUCGAGAGGAUAUGGCGAUGGAGUGCAAAGAUUACUUGUUACUUUAAGAAAGGAAAAGUUUGAAGAUUUGUUGGGACCUGCACGAAAUCAAUUCAAUGGCACAGGAAGCUUUGGAAAUGGCGCUGCAAUGAGAAUUUCCCCAGUUUCUCUUUAUUGCGUUAAUAAAUCCGAUGACUUUCUCUUUGAUCUUGUUGGAAAAACUUCUGAAAUCACACAUGCAAAUGUUAUCGGCAUCAACGGUGCCAUUUUGCAAGCUUUGGCAAUUCGUGAAGUCUUAAAACUGGAAUCUGACGAUCUUGAUGUCAAUAAUUACGUUACAAACCUCUUAGAAUCGUUCAAGAAGAUUGAAAAAGGAGAAGACGAAUUUGGCAUUCAUGAACAAAAAUUCUACACAGAACAACUCGAAGGAAUGAGAAAACUUCUUAACAAAGAAAUUCUUCCAUCAGAUGAAGAAGUCGUCAACAUUCUUGGUCACUCAGUCAACGCACUUUAUUCCGUACCUACAGCAAUUUACUGCUUCUUGAGAAACGUCAACUUAUUGAAAGGCAACAGAGAAAAAUUAUUUCGAUCAACUCUCGAAUAUGCAAUUUGUCUUGGCGGUGACACUGACACCAUCGCAUCAAUGGCUUGUUCUCUUGUUGGCGCUUUCACAGGUGAUUCAAUCAUCGCAAAGAAUUUAAUCAAACAUUGUGAAAGUUCCGAAGAAAUCAUUGAACUUUCUGAUAAACUUUAUGAAAUUGUUUUCUCAGAAAUUUUUAAAAAGGACUUGCACUUGAAUGAUGAAAAAAUGAAUUAAUAAACAAACAAACAAAAAGAAAUAAUAAAUGAAAUAAAAAGUAAAUUUAGUUAAACCAAAAAAAAAGGA